GGGGGCUCAGAUAUGGAGGCAAAUGGGAGCCAAGGCACCUCGGGCAGCGCCAACGACUCCCAGCACGACCCCGGUAAAAUGUUUAUCGGUGGACUGAGCUGGCAGACCUCACCAGAUAGCCUUAGAGACUAUUUUAGCAAAUUUGGAGAAAUUAGAGAAUGUAUGGUCAUGAGAGAUCCCACUACGAAACGCUCCAGAGGCUUCGGUUUCGUCACGUUCGCAGACCCAGCAAGUGUAGAUAAAGUAUUAGGUCAGCCCCACCACGAGUUAGAUUCCAAGACGAUUGACCCCAAAGUUGCAUUUCCUCGUCGGGCGCAACCCAAGAUGGUCACAAGAACAAAGAAGAUAUUUGUAGGCGGAUUAUCUGCGAACACGGUGGUGGAAGAUGUGAAGCAGUACUUUGAGCAGUUUGGCAAGGUGGAGGACGCAAUGCUGAUGUUUGAUAAGACGACCAACAGGCACAGAGGGUUUGGCUUUGUCACGUUUGAGAAUGAAGAUGUUGUGGAGAAAGUCUGUGAGAUUCAUUUCCAUGAAAUCAAUAAUAAAAUGGUAGAAUGUAAGAAAGCUCAGCCUAAGGAAGUCAUGUUCCCACCGGGGACAAGAGGCCGGGCCCGGGGACUGCCUUACACCAUGGACGCGUUCAUGCUUGGCAUGGGAAUGCUAGGCUACCCCAACUUCGUGGCAACCUAUGGCCGCGGCUACCCUGGAUUUGCUCCUAGCUAUGGCUAUCAGUUCCCAGGCUUCCCGGCAGCGGCUUACGGACCAGUGGCGGCAGCGGCGGUGGCGGCGGCGAGAGGCUCAGGCUCCAACCCCGCGCGGCCCGGAGGCUUCCCGGGGGCCAACAGCCCAGGACCUGUCGCCGAUCUGUACGGCCCUGCCAGCCAGGACUCCGGAGUGGGGAAUUACAUAAGUGCGGCCAGCCCACAGCCGGGCUCAGGCUUCGGCCACGGCAUAGCUGGACCUUUGAUUGCAACGGCCUUUACAAAUGGAUACCAUUGAGCAGGUGCUUCCGUUGCCACCCCACUCUGAGAGCAUACCUGGAUGUCCAGGCAAGACUGGGCGAAGUUUCUGAGUGGCCCUUUGUUUAGGUGAUGUCAUCAGACCUGGACCCCCACCAGCCUCACUCCCCAUCCCAACCAGAGAUGGCUCACUUCGGAUCGAGGGUUGACUACAUCUCAUCAUCUCACGAAUCUGCUGUAAUAUAAGACAACAGCUUUUAAAUGUGUAUAUAACCCAUGAUUUUUGGUUUUGUUUUGUUUUGUUUUUCUUGAUGGUUUCCCUUCCUCUUCUCUCUUCCCCCCCUUCUCCUUUUAAAUCUCUUUGAAUCACAUUUGGUAGUGAUUUUGACUUAGUCCGGUAGUCAUAUAGCUUUAAUAUCUAGU